CUGCUCGCCGCGGGAAGGCGCCCCAAUCAGCUUCUCAUCCCCCGCCUGGUCCCCACCAGGAGCUCGAGCCGGAUUGCGCCGCCGCCGCCGCGGGCCUCGAGCAGUGCGCGCGAGAGCCAGCUGGUCGCGCGCGUCGCGCCGAGGGGCAGGCGGCGGCGGCGGCGGCGGAAGAAGAAGAAACCAUGGACCCUUAUGCCGUGCUCGAGCUGGAGCGUGGCGCAAACGCUGCUCAGAUCCGGCAGGCCUUCCGCAAGGCGGCCCUCCGCUGGCACCCGGACAAGUUCGCCGCCCGGCACGGCGUCGGCGAUGCGCAGCGCGAGGAGGCAGAGCGCCGCUUCCGGGAGCUUAAUGCUGCUCACGGCGUGCUGACCGACCCGGUGAAGAAGAGGCAUUACGACUUGGGCGGGGGCAUGCGUCGUGAUUAAAAAUGGCCGUGCCCAGUCAUACAUGGAAAUCUCUGCGCAACAUCAGAAGAUCCUUGGACUGUAGAUCGUAGCCUUUUAGAGAUCUCUUAAGUGGCAAAUCUCCUGCCAAGAGCAGCAGUAGAUUG